UCUCUCUCUCUCUCUCUCUCUAACGGGACAAGCUCUAGCCUAAUCCGCUUCCUACAGGCGUCCAGAUAACCAAGACAAUACACACUCGCAUUUAACACCUCCAAAACAACAGCAGCAGGCAACCAUGAUCAUAGACGUCCCCGUUAUUCUGUCCGCACUUUUCUUCACUGUCAUCGCCAUAAUAAUCGCAUCGACGCUCCUGGCGAAGAAACCUGCGCCGAAGAAAGAGCCGAAGGAGAAGAGAGACGAGCGGCUGACUGAGCUCCAGCAGCCCGCAGAGGAGCAGCAUGUCCCGGCUACAGCUCUGAGGAGGGAAGACCCCUGUCAUGCGGAACUCAUCUCACCUGUGCAGGCUGAGGAGCCGGUGUCUGCAGUCGCGCCUGUGAUUGAGGAUGUGGGAGUUUUGGAGGAUCAACCUGAGAGCAUCGCAGUGCAACACACACCUGUGCAGGCAACUCCAGAGCCAGAGCCCAAGCCUGAGCCUGUACCUGAAGCAGUUGUAGAAUCUGCACCUGUAGAAGAGCUAAAAUCUGUGCCAGAACCCGUCACAGAGCCAGAACCCACCAAGAAGCCGGUCCCAGCCCCAGAAAUUGUGCAAGAGACUAUUUCUGCACCAGAACCUGUAAAGGCACCUGUCCCAGCACCAAAAUCUGUGGAAGAGUCUGUCCAUGUAACAGAACCUGUGAAGGCGCCUGUCCAAGCACCAGAACCCGUAAAGGAGUCUGUCCCUGCACCAGAACCUGUAGAGGAGCCAGUCCAAGCACCAGAACCUGUAAAGGAGCCUGUCCCAGCACCAGAACUUGUAAAGGAGCCUGUCCCAGCACCAGAACCUGUAAAGGAGUCUGUCCCAGCACCAGAAACUGUGAAAGAGUCUGUCCCUGUACUAGCACCUGUAAAGGAGCCUGUCCCAGCACCAGAAACUGUGAAGGAGUCUGUCCCUGUACUAGCACCUGUAAAAGAGCCUGUCCCAGCAUCUGAACCUGUGCCUAAACCAGUAAAGGAGUCCGUCCCAGUACCAGAUCUUGUGCCUGAACCAGUGAAGGAGUCUAUCCCAGAACCUGUGCCUGAACCAGUAAAGGAGUCCGUUCCAGCAUCAGAAGCAGUGAAAGAGUCUGUCCAGGAACCAGUGCCUGAACGAGUCCAAGAUGUGCCCAUCCCUGAACCAGUGUCUGUGCCAAGCCCUGAACCAGCACCUGUGCCCGCCCCAGUAACUGAGCCAGAGCCUGUGUCCACCCCAGAGCCACUGUCUGUACCUGCCACUGAAGCAGAAUCUGUCCCGGAAUCUUCAGCCCCAGAGGUCUUCGAGAAUAACGACGUAGCCUCCGCUGUGGCGUCAGAUGAAGCUGAGCUGGCCGACACUAAGAAAUCCACCAAGUUUGAGAAGAGAUUGACCAAAGAGGAGAUGGAGGAGGAGCAGAGGAUAGAGUUGACAAAUGACUUUACCGCUCUUUAAACAGCAGCAGGCUGUAAAGCCGCUGUCACGCACUGAGAUGCUGAAUAAAACAGAAGUGUGUCUAAUAUCAGCCUCAAGGAUCACUGGACUCUGGAAUAUUUGCCAUUGUACACUUUCCCUUUUAGUUUUCUGUGCAUUUCUGCCUGUGAAUAGCAAGCUUCCUCCAGCGAAACACCAAAGAUUAACAUCAGAUUUUCAUUUUUUUUUUAAAUAGACACAGAUGUACAAAAGCUAGUUCUAAUGAUGGCUUUGAGAUUAUGAAAUGUCUAUUAAAGCAGUAAUGAAGUGUUUGACACAACACAGCACUCUGACUGUGAUUAUUAUUUUCUUCUUCCAUUUGAAUGUGUGUAUUCUUGUUAAAUCCCAUCAUGCCCCCUAAUGGACAAAACUGUGACCGUCAGCGGCUGAUGGACAUAAAUCACACCAGCGCAUGAAGAAAUGUGGAAAACGUGCUGAGGUUGUCAUGUUGCUGGAUGUGUUUUGAGAAUAAAAGAUGGUGAAUCUCAUAAAAAUGCUCCAGAAAUUGUGUUUUACUGUAAUAUAUGUUCUUGUUCAUUUGACAAGUGAAUGAAAUGAUGGCAGAUGAAUAAAUAUAAGUCUGUAUGAAUGUUUUUUCUGGAUGAUUGCAAUAAUAAUUAAAUUUUAAUAUUGCAGUGAAACCAACUUAAGGGAUUUUUCGUGAGAUUCAGACUUUCUCUGGCUUUUAUAAUACAAAUAAAGAGCCAAAUUUGAUAA